AUGAAUAAUAAUACAUCAAGAUAUUUAUUUGAUAUUAAUGAAACAAAUGGUUCCGUAUAUGAUUCAUUUCUCGAAAUGCACUAUCAUAAAUAUGUUUUUUUUGCUGUAUGUUCAGCAUUACUUGGUCUACCGUCCAAUAUACUUCUAUUAGUAAUACUUAUGCGUAUUGGUUUAUUCAGUAGACGUCAAAGUAUUUUAUCACGUUUAUCAUUUACAAAAAUAAAAUCAACAGGUUCAUUUGAAAGAUUUCUAUUUGAAAUUGUUUUUAUUGAUACACUUUUAAUAAUUUAUCACUUUGUUGACAAUUUUUUAAGUUAUAUACAUGAAGAUCGAUCAACUGGUCAACAUCAUCUUAUACAUGUAUCAGAUUUUUGUUGUAAAUUUUUUACUUAUAUUGCUAAAAUGAGUGUUCUUUUAUCAACAUGGUUAUUAUUAUUUUUGAUUAUCAAUCAACUUAUCCUUACCAUGGAAUAUAAUAAUGAUCAUCAAAAUCGUUCAUGCUGGAAUCGUGGUUUAUAUUAUGUUAAUGCAAAAUAUUCAACUGUUUUUCUUAUAUUUAUUUUUAGCGUUUACAAUAUAUAUCCAAUUGAAGUUCUUAAAUAUAAAAAAAAAGAAGAUAUAGAAGAUUAUCAACCAGUAGAAGGUGUUCCAGGUGUGUGUUCAACUCAGUUAGAUGGUAAAAGUAGACGAUUAUUAAAUGUAACAAAUUAUGGCUAUCACUUACUUGGUGUUGCCAUACCUUGUGUUAUAAUACUUGUUAUAUCAAUAAUAAUUAUUUAUCGUACAUGUCGAAAUAAUACAUAUACGAAUAAAGAGUGUACUUCAUUUUAUUACAUAGCUGGAACAAUUGGUAUUGUACAUGCAUUAUUUAAUUUACCGGCACGCUUAAGUGAUCUUCUAAUAUUAUCUUCAGCAGCAUAUGUAGCACCUUAUAAAUAUUUAAUAACCUUUAAUCAUGAAGCCCAAUCUUUCAUAACUUUAUCAUAUGCAUAUAAGUGUUUUAUAUGUAUAUUAAUAAGUCGACGUUUUCGUUUACAUGCUAAAAGUGUUUUAUGUUUUUUAAUUGAAAGUAAAUAUGAAGAUCGUCAUACAAUAGAAAGAUGUAAUGCAAACAAUGAUUCGCAUCAUUUAGCAAAACUAAAAACAUAUAAAAAAUAUUACAAUCAUCACGAUCAUCGAGGGAAAGACCCUUAUAUGAAUAUAAUACCAGUAGCACUUAAAGGAUUGCUCAAGGUUGGUAAUCCAUUAUCAAGGAAAUUCCCAUUUUCACACAUUAACAAAAACGAUUUACAACGGUAUACAACAUCAGAAACAACGUCUUGGAUUCGACCAUAUUUUACUCAAAACGAGAAACCUAAUUUAUUAAGGCCUUGUGGUCGUUCAGCUAGUUGUCACGAAAUAUCGAUACCAUUGUCAUCAGUACCAUCUUUUGUUGUUGAAUCACCUAAAACUUGUUCUCCAAAUCAAUCAGAUACAUCAUCAUCACAUAUUAUAACAGAUCCUACAUCAGCAUAUAUUAUUAAUAUUACUUUACCGAAUGGUGAAUACGUAUAUUUACCAUUACCACAAAAACGUGCACCAAAUUACCGGACAUCUUCAGCAUCGUCACCAAAAAAGAAUAAAACCGAUCCAUCAUCUCAUACAGAUUCAUUAAAAAUGACAUUAUUGUCAGAAGAAGUUGAAAAACAACCUGUAAAUAAGAUAGACUUUCUUUCAUGA